CCACAUCCAUCCUCGCCAUGUCCUACCAGGUCAAGGAGAUCCCCACGAAACCCUUUGAAGGUCAGAAGCCUGGCACCUCUGGUCUUCGCAAAAGGGUGAAGGUCUUCAAGCAGGAGCACUACACCGAGAACUUCAUUCAAGCUAUCUUUGACUCCGUCGAGCCCAAAGGCAAGACCAUCGUCAUCGGUGGCGAUGGUCGCUAUUUCUCCCCCGAGACCGUCCAGACCAUCCUCAAGAUCGGCUCCGCCAACGGCGUUGCCAAGUUCAUCAUCGGUCAGAACGCCAUCCUCUCGACCCCUGCCGCCUCCAACGUCAUCCGCAAGUACAAGGCCGACGGGGGUAUCCUCCUCACCGCCUCGCACAACCCCGGAGGACCCGAUGCCGACUUCGGUAUCAAGUACAACAUGUCCAAUGGCGGACCUGCACCCGAGAGCGUCACAAACACGAUCUACGAGAAGACGAAGACGAUCUCAACAUACAAGGUCAUCGAGCUCGAGCCCAUCGACCUGUCGAAGAAGGGCUUCUUCACAUACGGACCGACGAACGUAGAGAUCAUCGACUCGGUCUCCGACUACCUUCAACUGCUCGAGUCCAUCUUUGACUUCCCGCUGAUCAAGAACUUCCUCCAAUCGCACGCUAACGACUUCAAGGUCCUCUUCGAUGGCAUGCACGGAGUGACCGGCCCGUACGGGCGCGCGAUCCUCGUCGACACUCUUGGCCUUCCGGAGUCCUCGGUACAGAAUGCGACGCCUCUCCCCGACUUCGGCGGAGGACAUCCCGAUCCCAACCUCACCUACGCCCACGAACUCGUUGAACGUGUAGAGAAGGAUAACAUCCAGUUCGGUGCGGCUUCCGACGGUGACGGUGACAGGAACAUGAUUUACGGAAAGGGUGCGUUUGUCACCCCAAGCGACAGUGUCGCGAUUAUCGCGGACUGGGCGGCGGAGGCGAUCCCCUACUUCAAGAAGGGCGGUGUGAAGGGUCUUGCGCGUAGUAUGCCUACGAGCGCACAGAUCGACUAUGUCGCGAAGAAGAAGGGCCUGGAGUGCCAUGUGGUCCCGACUGGCUGGAAGUUCUUUGGCAACCUCAUGGAUGCGGGUCGACUUUCCAUCUGUGGUGAGGAGUCGUUCGGUACUGGAUCGGAUCACAUUCGUGAGAAAGACGGUGUGUGGGCUAUCGUUGCGUGGCUGAACAUCAUAGCGUACGCGAAUCAGCAAACGCCCAACGAGCUCGUCGGUAUCAAAGAGCUCCUCCAGAAGCACUACGCCGUCUACGGUCGCUCCUUCUUCUCGCGCUACGACUACGAGGAGGUCUCCUCCGAAGGCGCGCAGAAGCUCGUCAACGCUCUCAACCAGCACAUCUCCGCUGGCUCGCUCGCGGACACAACGCACAAGUCGAAGAGCACUGGCCAGGAGUUCUCGAUCGCGCGUGUGUCCAACUUCGACUACACGGAUCCCAUUGACCACUCGGUGAGCAAGAACCAGGGCCAGAUCAUCAGCUUCUCGGACGGCUCGCGCGUCGUGUUCCGUCUCUCCGGUACCGGGAGCCACGGCGCGACGGUGCGGAUGUAUGUCGAGCGCUACGUGAGCGCGGAUAAGGGCCCCGCGGAGCUCAACAAGGACACGCAGGAGGGACUGAAGGGCCUGAUCGAGGUCGCGCUCGAGAUCAGCAAGUUGAAAGAGUUCUUGGACCGCGAGAAGCCCACUGUCAUCACGUAGACAGCUGUGCGAGGCGCGUGGGUCAGGAGGAGGCGGAUAUCUUAGGUUGGAUGGAAGUAUCAAGUUCGCAAUGUAUUCGUACUUACUGAUCAUUGAAGGGCCAAAGUGUCCACUCUAAGACGAC